CUCGUCUCUCUUCUAAUGCUACCAAUAUGGCCGUCGUAAACAAAACAUGUGAAGUUUGCAGUUGAUAUGUUCCAGUUUAGUCGCAAGUGACUGAUGUUGGUGCAAACUGAUUAAGCUCAGUAUGACACAGUCGAUAGUUGUUCAAGUGGGGCAAUGUGGGAAUCAGAUUGGAUGCCGCUUUUGGGACCUGGCUUUACGAGAGCAUGCCGCAGUUAACAAGACUGGGAUGUAUGACGAGCCACUGAGCAGCUUCUUCAGGAACGUCGACAGCCGCUAUGAUGACACAUCCGACAUCCCAGUUGGGGAUGGCAAGGGCAAAAUUAGAUCCCUCAAAGCAAGGGCGGUACUUGUGGACAUGGAGGAGGGUGUUGUGACUGAGUUGACAAAUGGACCACUCCGUGAAGUGUUUGACUACCAACAGCUCAUCACUGAUGUAUCAGGUUGUGGCAAUAACUGGGCAGUUGGCCACAAAAUGUAUGGAGUGCAGUAUCGAGAACAGUUAAGUGACACAAUCCGUCGGGCUGCUGAAUACUGUGACUGUCUUCAGUGUUUUUUUGUCAUGCACUCAAUGGGAGGUGGGACAGGUUCAGGUGUUGGCACAUCCAUCUUGAAUUUGCUGGAAGAGGAAUAUCCUGAUGUUUACAGAUUUGUGACAGCAGUGUACCCAUCAGUUGAGGAUGACGUGAUUACCUCCCCUUACAACAGCGUUCUGGCCAUGCGAGAGCUCACUGAACAUGCGGACUGCGUGCUGCCUGUUGAGAAUCAGGCACUGGUUGAGAUUGUCAACAAGAUCUCACAAGCUGUGCCGUCCCUGAAGACAGGGAAGAGAACCUACUCUACCACUGGAGUCAAGUCAGGCAGCGCCAUCACAAGUAGUCAGGGAGGAGUUACCUCCCCUGCAGAGGAGAAGCCAUUUGACAGCAUGAACAAUCUGGUUGCAAACCUUCUCCUCAAUAUGACAAGCUCAGCACGGUUUGAGGGCUCUCUGAAUGUGGAUUUAAAUGAGAUAACCAUGAAUCUGGUUCCGUUCCCCAAACUACAUUACUUAGUAUCCAGCCAGUCACCGCUGUACGCCAUGUCCGACGUUAACCUGCCACCCAGGAGGUUGGACCAGAUGUUUUCUGACGCCUUCUCCCGCGAUCACCAGUUGCUGAGGGCAGAUCCCAAGCACAGUCUGUACCUGGCCUGUGCCCUGAUGCUUCGGGGCAAUGCCGAGAUCUCGGACAUCAGGAGGAACAUCGACAGGCUGAAGCCCAACCUCAAGUUCAUCCACUGGAACCAGGAGGGCUGGAAGACUGGUCUGUGCUCCGUGCCACCAGUAGGACAACCUUACUCCCUGCUCACCCUGGCCAAUAACACCUGUGUCAGACACACAUUCUCCGAGCUUAAAGACAGAUUUGUCAAACUGUACAAGAGGAAAGCCCACAUCCAUCACUACACACAAAUUGAUGGGAUGGAGCUAGCAGACUUCGGGGAGAGCUUAGAGUCACUCAACUCGAUCAUCACAGAGUAUUCCAGCCUGGAGACACACAUGAACAGCCCUCCUCCUCCAGAACCCCGCCUGCAGAUCCUCACAUGAACGAUCCCCCAACUCCAAAACCCCACCAGCAGAUCCUCACAUGAACCGCCCUCCGCCUCCAGAACCCCACCUGCAGAUCCUCACAUGAACAACCUGCCGCUGCCUCCAGAGA